AUGGAGGGCUUCAUGGGACGUCUACAUCCGGUGCAAUGUAAUCAUUACAAGCCUCUGUGUCAUAAGUUCAUGAAAUGUUUUGGAAAUUGCGAAGAUUUUUUCAUUCCUGCCAGUGACUUGAACGAAGUAAACCAAGAAGACCUCACCGAUGAGCAGAAGGAAAGAGCAAAAACUAUCAAGACAAAUCCAUGUGUCGCCAUGUUCGCCUACUGUUUAUCUGUUGAUUACUUUCAACUAGCUGCAGUCCUCGACCUCACGACACCAGACGCUUUUUGA